AUGAUUAGAAAGAUGCUCUAUUAUAUUCUCAUUUAUUUUUUUGUUGGUUUUGGGUUCGAUGUUUGCGAUGGAAGCAAGAAGGAAGCUGAGUUAUAUCGGUGAGUUAUUUUUGGAUUUUUGGAAUUUUGAGGUAAGAUUUUUGAGCUUAAGAUCUUGUCAUGGUUCCAAGACUUUCUAACUUAACGUAAAUAUUCUGUGAUCUUUGAUUGAUCUUUUUCUGAAGAGUCUUGUAAAAUUCACUUGUGAAAUUUUCGCUCUCUGAUUCUGUGGCACUAUAGUCUUUCUAUAAUUUAUGAUUUUUCUAAUUAUCUAUAAACCUCAAUUUUACCUCAAUCCCCAUUUUUUUUCCAGCAAACUCCUCAAAGACUACAAUCACAUGGUUCGGCCAGUCCGAAACCCCAAGAAAACCAUCACAGUAACUAUGAAAGUGUUCCUACAACAAGUUCUGAUGGUUGAUGCAAAACAUCAAAUGGUUGAAAUCAAUGCCUGGCUCAAAUAUGUAAGAAGAUUUAGGCCAGCUAUAUUUUUAUCAGAGAUUUUUUCAGGUUUGGACAGAUUAUCGGCUUCGUUGGCAGCCAGUAGAUUAUGAUAAUAUAACAUCAGUGAGAUUUGAGGGAGAAGAUCAAAUUUGGCAGCCGGAUAUUCUUUUGUAUAAUCGAUAUAUUGAAGAGUGAGUUUUAUUUCUUGGAAUGUUUUUUUUAUAGUACAAAAACUAUUCUAAAACCAAAUUUUGAACCAGAAUCAAAUAAUCAGCGGAACAAAAAUAUUUGAUAAAUCAGAAAAUGAUCAAUAACUUCUGAUAACAAAUUUCUUCGAAAAAAUACGUUUCAAAAUGGGUGCAUUUUUUGAGAUCAGAAGAUUUUUGGCUGAUUUUGAACAAUUUUAAAAAUUGACAGUCGGAAAAUCGUCUUCUGGAGAUUUAACAUUUUAAUUUUCAAAAUUUGAGUUUCUGAGCUGGCUCAAAAAAAAAACACUUUGAAAAAUAUUAUCUCAAUUUUUCCUCACCUCAAAGAUCAGGAGAUCAACACUACUUCAAUAUUUUGCAGUGAGCAAGAAAGCUUCGACAGUACCUACAAAACCAACACCGUAGUCUACAGUGAUGGUGUGAUAAACUGGAUUCCUCCAGGAAAUUUUAAAAUCUCCUGUAAAAUGGAUAUAAUGUUAUUCCCAUUCGACGAGCAAAUUUGUCACAUGAAAUUUGGCUCUUGGACUUAUCACGGAUUCGCUCUCGAUCUUCAAAUGGAUAUUGGUGAAAACGCUGAACCUGGCGCUGAUCUUUCCACUUAUAUUUCCAAUGGCGAAUGGCAUUUGAUUCAGGCUCCAGCGAUGCGCGAAGAGCAAUUCUUCAAAUGUUGCAAGGAGCCAUAUCCAACUAUCAAAUUUUAUUUGCAUCUUCGUCGUCGAACUUUUUAUUAUAUUUUCAAUGUGGUUUUGCCAACACUUCUUGUUUCUUUUAUGUCGUUGUUAGCUUUUUGUCUUCCAGCAACGGAUUUGAGUGAGAAAAUCGGGUUACGUGAGUUUUUCCAAGUGUUUUUGAAAAUAAUAAUAAAAAUUCCUGUAAAAAUGAAAUAAAUCUUAACUGGUCUGACCAAAGAACUGGUUUACUUCCACAAAAAAAUAAUCAAAAUAUUUUUAAUGAUUCUCUUUCUCAUUAUCAAUUCAGAAUAAAAAAUGAGUAGAAAAAAAAUUGUUUGUUCUUUUUGAAAAUCGAAAAAAAAAUCGGGAUGAGUGGAACUGAUGAUAAGUUUGGAAUUGUACUUUGGUCCGGUGAACUUUGAGAGAGAUCGGGAAAUUUUCAGAAUUGUUUUUGGGGUUUCUGUGUUACAAUAAAUUAUAUGAAAAGUUUGAAACAGUGAAUUUUUUUGGAAUUUAAUCUUGAGAUUUAUUGAACUUAGAAAUCUGAAAAUCUUGAAUUCAAUUUCAUUCCAAACAAACUUCAUUUCCAGAAACCACAAUUCUUCUCUCCGUCUGUUUUUUUCUCACAAUUUUAUCAGAAAUGACACCAACAACUUCAGAAGCUGUUCCACUUUUGGGAGUGUUUUUCUCGGCUUUGACUUUUAUUAUUGCAAUGUCAACUACUUUCACAAUUUUGGUGUUGAAUAUCAGGUGAGUUUUAAAAGGAAAAAGAAUAUUUAAAAAUUAUAAUUUUCUCUAGAUACCGUCAAAUCACCAAUCACCACAUGGCUGGACUUUUUCGCCGAAUAUUUCUCGAUUUUCUUCCAUGGAUUAUGAUGAUGCGAAGACCUGAUCAUAAAUUUCGAUCUUGUGAAUCACAUCGAAUCGAUCAAUCAAAUCGAUGUGUUCAAUGUGUUAAAAAUGCGGAGCUCAAGGGAAUUUUGAGAGGAGAUUCUGAAACUCUUUUGAGGCCUGAUGCUUUGGGAUUGAAAUUGGAUCGGAAAGUUGGGGAUGGUUUGUUUAUUCAGAAAAGAUGUGAGAUUCAUGAACAAAGGAGGAAUGAGAAAUUUGAAAGUGCUAUGAAAGCUUGUGAAAUGGCAAUUAAGGAGGAGGGUGAGCAAGGUUUUUUAUAAACGCUUGGUCAAAUGUUUCUUGAAAAAAAUCACUGUUUCGAAAAAUUCGCUCAGAAGAAAGAUUUUUUUUACUGUCUAAAAAAAUUAUGAGUUUUCAAAAAACUUUUAGAAUUGCCAUGCAUUUUGACUAAUAAGAGAAAAAAGUUAAUUGAAAAUUUUUAAGAAAAACGUAAAAAUUUUUUUUUCAGAAAUAUUGUAAAUUUCUGGGAUAUUUUUUAAAAAUUAGUAGAUGUUUGAUUUUUUCAUUUUUCAAAGUUAUUGCUCUGUUUUUAAAAAUUCACUGUUUCAAAAAUUUUUGAAAUUCAAAACUUCAAGCAAAAAGUUGUUUCGACAUUUUUUUUUAAUUUUCAAAAAUGUUUCUAAUUUUGAAAUUUGGUUUUUUUCUAGUUUUUGCUGAAAAUUCAUUGAUUUUCUUUUAUAAAUUUUUGAAAAUUUGAAAAAAAAUUCGAAAGAAACUUACGAAUCAAUAAAAAGUUAUUUUCCAGCCAACGACAUGACUCACAUUCUAAUAACAACAAUCCGAAUGUACGAAAGUGUAGUCGGUCAGAUCUCUCGAAUCCGUAAACGCAUCGUUCUAAAACGUCGACGCAAAGAAAUCCAGGAGGAAUGGAAAUUCGCCGCGAUGGCCGUCGAUCGUUUUUGUCUCGUCGUGUUUUCCAUUGUUCUUGUUACGUGUUGUCUGAUAUUUGUGACUGUUCCACCAAUUCAAAUUAUCUGA